AUGGAACAUCCAGAAGAUGAUGGUCGCAUUCCUGGGGAUCAUCAUGGUAAACCAGAUGAUGAGGUAUGACCAUCUAGUUUACUGCAAAUAUACACUACUGGAUGCUGAUCACAUUCAUUACUCCUCAUACAUGAAUUAGUUAACAUGCAAUGCUAAUAUGUUUCUUAAUUUUAGUUUUUAACCAAAUAUAGUUACACGAAUACGAAUUUACUGCUCUGAGCAUUGAAUUAAUCAGAAACUUCUGGAGAAUGGUGGGUAUUUAUUAUUUCUCCCUUUGAACUGACAAUUGUUGCCCAUCUUACAAAUCCUGAAUUUUCAGCACAUAUAAUGAUUUAUGGAGCCAUGUUUUUCAUGCUUUUGCUUAUGUUCUGGAUAAUUUUUCUUUCUUAAUUAGGCAUGUCUUUCGUCAUUGCCGAUAUCAUCGUGGUGCACUUAUAUCUUUUAACUUGUGCUAGUUUGUAAUUACAGAAAACAUGCUAACACUUUUUUCUUUAUUUUGUUACACUGGCACAUUAUUGAAGUGGUUACAGGGAUGUUUUGUCUUAAAUUUUACUAUGAUGUUUUGGAAGGGUAAUUGAGACGGUUCCAUGGUUUUAUGAUACAGUUCUUAGUCUAUGGAUGGUAGAUACAUGGUGUGAACUGAUCUAAUUCCUGUAGCGGCAAAUUGUAUUUCGAAUAUAAAGACUCAAUUUCUUAAUCUCUAUUCUCUAUGUCACAGGAAACGAGUGCUCGUCUUGAGGAAUUCAAAAAAUCUGUUGAUGCAAAGGUUCAUCUUCGUCAGAUUAAUUUGAAUCCGGAAAGACCUGGUUAGUUGAUGCAACUUAAACUAUUCAUUGGCAAAUCAUCAGAUGAACAAGUGACUAUUUAAGAUAAGAUUUUUUUAAAAAAUGCUUGUUGCAAAAACUGACAUGCUUUGGGAAAUCUAAUUGAGUUGAAAUUGAAAUAAAUUUAAUGACAUUAGUUUAUGACAGUCUGCUUUGGCGAAAUAUAAAUCCACUUAUACACAAAAUUCUACAUACCUAAUUCAUAGGUAUGCCAUUUACUGGUUCAUGAGUGCCACUUGUGGGGAUGAUUGCAAAUAACAUUAGAAUCUAUUGGAUUCUUGUUUGAAUUAUGUUCUGAAAUUUUCUGCUAGCAAAGAUGAUAAUCAUCAAUUUAACAGGCGGAAAGGAUCUCUUAGAAAAUAAUAUUUACAUUUCUUGUGUCCUUUGUACUUGUAUUCUCUCUUAGAUGGAAGUAUUGAAGCUUAUUCCUUGGAUGAUUUUCACCAUUAAUUUUCCUUCUUUUUGAGUGAUAUUUUCUUCAGGAAAUUAUCUAGAACCGAAAUGGUUGUGAUACACUCAGUUUUUGAUAUCAGGCGGGAAAAAGCAUCCCUUUCUCUUUUGUUUGAGGGGUUUUCCCUUGUGAAGUGACCAGACCGUUUCCUCUUCAGCAGAUCCUUUUAUUGGUAUCAUUUGGUUGGCCAACAAUUUCGUGAUGUUGGGGCCUCACGUGUAUUCUGUCAUGUUAUUUUCCAGUAUGUGGUGAUGAGAAAAUUUCCAGUUGUGGGGUUCAUUUUAAUUUUGGCGCAAAUACUCCUUCCAUCCAUGUUUGUAUAGUGUAUGUAGGAGUGGUUCUAUCGUAAUUGUGACUGUGCCCAUUUCUUUUUACUUCGUUUUCUUAACGAAAAUCAAUAAAGCCAAUCCUGGGGACUUCAUUUUAAAGAGCUUCACUAGUUUUUGCCGUUUCCCAAUAGACAGUAGCAAAAGGAGGCACUUGUAGGCAAAAAUCUGGGAAGAUUGUUAUUCGAGUAAUGGUUUAGUUUGCAUGUAAUCAAUGACUUAGUUUAAACAUGAAGUGUAAUUUUGUAAAUCACGCUUGGUAUUGUAUUUCCUUCCUUGGUUCUAUUUCAAAAUUCACCUAGGGUUAAUUUUGGGGAGUUGUGGAAGAAAUAACUUCACGGUUUCGUAUCAUAUAGUCUUAUUUUAACGAUAUCACUUUCAGUUAUGCAUGAUCCUUAUUAGCUGUCAUGUAAACUUUCUAUGAACGACCUAUAAUCUAAAUUCUAACGAUUCUGUUUUUAUUCAUUUGAAAAUCAGUUUUCUUGUGACAGUCAUUGCAGUUGUAAAACCAGGACAUUGUUAAGUGACUUAAGGUGGUUUUUAUUCCUUGAUGAUUGAAGGUUUUAAUUCUCGGUUUGAAAAUAUUAGUUGUGAUUUGUUUUCUCAGUAGAAAUAGUAGGUACCGUAACAUUGGACGCUGCACCCAAAUCUUUGAGGGUUGAAAAUGGACUGUGAUUAUCAUAAAAUUAUAUGUCGGCAAGAAGACAAAGGCCAAUGGAUUUGUGCGAGUGGGCUAAAAGAUUCUUGCCUUGUCACCUUGGUGGUAUUUGUGAUUCAACCAUCAUAUUUUAUACGUUUUUAGAUAAACUAAUCUUAUGUUAUAAGAUUCUGAAGGAUGUGUCUAGUCUAAAAAAAAGGGCACUGAUGAUAUGUUUUAAAUGACCUUUUUAAGUUGAAUAACCUGAUCUGAUCAAUAUCGUUAUGAAAAAUAAGAUUUAUCGACGAAACCACGUUUGAUAAGAUAUAAAGCCCUAAUGAAUAGUACUGUGACACCUUCACCAAUGUGUAGGGAAAUUUCUGACGUAAUUUAAUAAUCGCUCUGUAUAGGGGGUUCAAAGCUAGUUCUGAGAGCUAUUGUAUCAAGGAUAGAGAAUGAUUUGAUAGUAUUUUGUAAACAUGAAUUGCAGUUUGUGUUUCCACUUUUUGCUGUGAAUUUUUUACGAUCACAAGUUUAAUUGAAUUUGAUGUAAAGCCGAUCUUAUAUCUGAAAUAGAUACUAGUUAAUUAGAACCUUCCUUGGAACCUCAAGUAAAAUCGCACUUUGCCUCUGUGCUAUGCCUUCUUCCCUAACGAGUGGGGGUGUGGGUGGUUGGCCUUGUUUUCCGGAUUCACCUUAAUGACUGUGGAAGCAGAGAAUAGCUGGCAAACUGUAAUCCUAUAAUAUCAGUGACUUUUGACAGUUACAUAAUUAUCUUCCCCACCAUGGUCACGGUAUGUGAAAUUGAUCAUUUCGAAUUGUUAUGAUGGCAUUAUUAGCUAUGGUGGCUUCUUAAUUUUCCUAAAUAAGAUCACGGCCAUAUUUUUAUUUUCAAUUCUUAUUCUGUAUCUAUAUUACAUGUGCUCUCAUGUGAUGUACAGUCAUAUAUAUCGAGAUCUGAUAUUUGAGCUAUCUAUACAGAUUCAGGGUUUCUGAGAACAUUGGAUUCCAGCAUUAAGCGCAAUACAGCUGUCAUUAAGAAGCUUAAACAAAUAAAUGAUGAUCAGCGAGAUGGAUUAAUGGAUGAGUUGAAAAGUGUCAACUUAAGUAAGUUUGUUAGUGAAGCAGUGGCAGCUAUUUGUGAUGCCAAGCUACGCACAUCAGAUAUUCAAGCAGCCGUUCAGGUGAGGGUCAAUUGUCAUCUUGAUCACAUGGAUACAUUGUGUGGCUAUAUAUAUUUUAUUUCUCCAAUAUGUCCUUUUUAACCACCUUUCAAUACAUCGCUUUACAGGUUCCUUCUUUGGAUAGUUUUGAGGAAUUAUUUUUUUUAAUAUUUGCCCGCAUGAAAUAGAGAUGUAUACUUAUUUGAUGUUCUGUUGGAGUCCUGCCACGAAAUUCACAAGCCAUUUUGCAAGCAUAUCACCAAUUUAGCUAACAAAUGAAUUGCUAUAUACUCACAAAAAGGAACGGCUAUGUGAUAUUUCUAUGUACCCGCCUGUUCCACAAUAAUUUCUUCAAUAAUGGUGGUAAUAAUAUAGAUAAAGAUGACAAAAAUUAUGUAAAAGGUGGAAAUUAAAAUAAAGAUUGACUAGUGAUAAUAUUCUUAUGUGUGGGGAGUGUAGGCUUUUGGAACACAUCUGUUACUGGUUUGGCCUGGGAUAUUACUCUUCGCUAAUUUGGAGCGCUUUAGUUUCUUCUUCAGAAAUAUCUUGCCAACGUAAUGAUCCUUCUCGGUAUUUUAUCGUCUGAUAUUUAAACAUGGAGCUUUAGGGUCAGAAAGUCGGCAAUGCUAUUUUUGUACUUGUGUAUUGUUAACUUGCCCAGAGUGUUUCAGAGACAACUUCAUUUUUUGUCAGAAUCUUUGAUGAAAAAAUUUAACAUACGUAGCCCUUGAGUUUAUUGGGUAUAUUUUGUUACUAGCUUAUUGAUCUUGUAAUUCUUUUUUCUUCAGGUUUGUUCCUUGCUUCAUCAAAGGUACAAGGACUUUGCAACAAACCUUGUUCAGGGCCUCUUGAAAGUGUUCUUUCCUGGAAAAUCUGUCGAUGAAUCAGAUGUUGACAGAAAUUUGAAGGCCACGAAGAAACGAAGCACUCUCAGACUGCUUAUGGAACUUUAUUUUGUUGGUGUUGUAGAGGAUGCGGGCAUUUUUACAAAUAUUAUUAAGGAUCUUACAGGCUCAGAUCAUUUAAAGGAUCGGGACGCAACCCAGACUAAUAUUUCUCUUCUUACCAGCUUUGCUAGACAAGGAAGGUAUUUUUUGGGACUUAAGCAACCUGGGCAGGAAAUUAAUGAUGAGGUACCAUCUGUAUUCUCAUUACAAUUCUUGCUGUCCGUUUUGAUAUUUUUGGGGUGGGAAUGUUGUGGGCAUGAUUCAUUGAAACUUUGAAGUAUAAAUCAGCUCCUGUCAUGGAGCCAACAAUAACAGGCCACAACAUUUUUGAAGCGACUUUACUUGAAGCCUCUCAAUCCAUCCUUCCGAUAGCCUAACAUAACUGACUACCUCAAGCAUACGGACUUAACUGAAAGCAUGAACCAUUACAGGAAAUUAAAGUUCUCCCCAGUAGAGUUCAGUAUGAAAUUUACAGUCUCUCGUUCCCGAAUUAUCUUUAGUGAAACAUUGAAUUGAGGGUGAAUAUAAUCUUUCCCUAUUGAUCUCUUUUCAUAUGAAAAAUAAUACUGACACUAUCUAGCCCACUAACCUCAGUCACAGGUAGCUGGGUAUGAUCCAUACUUAUUCCUAUGGGUCUUGUAUUCCUUGGUAAGGAUUCGUCAGUUAUAAGUUAGUCUUGAGGUGAGGGUGGUACUGUGAAACAUCAAGGUUAGUUAGAAGCAGUCAUGAAAAGGACGCUACUUGAACUGUUCAUUGUCCUUUUUUUUUAAUCAUUCAACAUCUUUCAUCCAUCAACUUAUUUUAACAGAUGUAAUUAUUGAAUUGCAUCUUUUCAAUGGGAUCAGCCCCCUGCUUCCUCAUUGCAAUCAUGGACAAUAAAGGCGUUAUUCCGAGUGAACUUUUCUUACAGCACCACACACUGGCUUAGAUUCCCUGAUCAGCAAAAUUCUGCUUUGAUUGCAUUCUGAUCAACGUGUCAAUUGGCCAGUAUCAUUUUCAACUAAGAAACCGUCAUGUUUUGUGAUGGACUGAGUAGGCAACUUAUUCUGUGGUCUCAUACUGAUGGAUACGCUUAUAAGCUAACAGGCAGGAAUAAAAACCAUUUAUUGUCCACAUUGCCCCAAAACCAACUACUCAUCUUUUGUUAUGGUGCUCUAAAGGACUUGGAUUACUAGUGGAAGAAGGGAUGCAAAAGCUAGCAGUAAGAAAAAAGGGAUGACAUUUCCAGUUGUUUAUGAGAACUUAAAUUAUUAUGUAGAACAGUGAGAAUGAAAACUAAUCGCUUAUUUUUUGAGGGCAUAUCACGUGUCUACCUGAACAUAGAUAUAUUAAUUUUUUUUGGAUUAAAAACCUUCUUUCGAUGUAAGCACUUUAUGAAGAGGGUUAUCUGCUUAUUCCUAUCCCUGGUUGGAGACCCCUAAAUACGCCUAAGUCGACAGUUAGGGCAUAAAUCUAAAAUUUGUGCUCGCUUAGGCACUGCCUGGUGCCUCACCUUCUUUUCUAGGUCCCUAAAUACUGCAGUGGAUUACUAUUUUGGCCAUCUUAUUUACUUUAUUGUGGACCGUAACCACUUACGAAAUCCAUAAAUUCCUAUUGUAAACCACGAAUUUCUUGAACCUUUUUAUUCCACACUGAUCCUUUGAUUUCAAAAUUCGUAACACUCUAAGAUUUCCCUAAAUUCCUAGUGGUUCAAUUAUGAGUGAGGGCAUUUUCUGUUGGACUCAAAUUGAAUAGGGUUUGGUAAAACCAUGGCACAAUCAAUAAUAUCGGUGUGUAAGUAGAGGUUUGGGUAAAAACAAAAUGAAGGCUUCAAACACCAUAUCACUUAUGUUGAUUAUAAAGUUUUGUUGAAGUUACAUUGUGAUGGUGUUUUUUAUUGCUUCUGAUGGUAGUAUUGUGAUAUGAUUUUUUCUACUAUUUAUGAUAUCCUUUUCUUACUCUAUCUGCAGUUUUUUAAGGGACUGAACAUCACUGUUGAUCAAAAGAAAAUCUUGAAGAAAGCUUUUCAGACAUAUUAUGAUGCUAUCACCGAAGUUCUCCGAUUAGAACAUUCAGUAAGUUACUAAGAUAUAUCUACAUAAGUUUGUGACAUGAACUUUUUGUGAUGUCGUGUUUUUUUCCCUGUAACUCUCAGACACUUCACCAGAUGGAGAUUGAAAAUGCUAAAUUGUUUAGAGGGGAGCUCAGUGAUGAAAGUGCAGCAUCAUAUGAGAAACUGCGGAAAUCAUAUGACAGUUUAUUCCGGAGUGUAUCUUCGUAAGUUUUAGGCUGAACCUUCCUUUUAUUUUUAUUCGUGAAAGAGAAGUUGGUCGUAUUUUUUUUUUCUGGCUCGUAUUCUAGCUACUAAUUUGAUAAUUUAAAUUUUGGCUAUUGGUAUUAAGUCUAGAAUCUGUCGCAUCUUUCUGUUCAUAAGUAACUAAGAUAAAUGAAGUAGUGCCUUUUUUUAUCCAAGGAUGCAGGAAAAAUAGCAGAAUGAAUGAUUUUAUCUCAUCAGAUUAUCUGAUAGAAAAAUUUCAAAUCUGAAUGUAUAACUCUCUUUCCUUGUCAAUUAGUGCCUAUGAGGAGAUGAGUGUGAUUAUAACUUUUUCUUUGAUUUGCUGCUGGCGGAAAGUGUGGCGGCUGAGAUUUUCUUAGUUAUCAGGAAUACAACCUGAUGUACAGUCUUUUCUCCUACGUGUGAACUUUAUCAAUAGGACGCGAUCAAGUUGGUUGCAGAGUUGAUGAGAACGCAUGUGCUUCUUUAAAGCAUGUGAUCAUGAUAAUUUUUCCCCAGGUUGUUUUUGGUGUGUUGUUCAUCGUUCAUUGACGACCAGUGUUAGAGUUAGUCACUGUCAGAAUGUCUCCAUUAGGACUGGGUGUCAUGGUUUGCUGUAUGGCUGCAGCAUGCUAUAGGGAGCGAAGUCAAUAUUUUCAGUCAGAAAUAUUGUUUCAGGGCGUGGGAAGAAGGUACUGAUGUCAAAAUGCAUUACUGUUGGUUUUCUUAAUUUCGGUCUACGGACUUCUUUUUUUUAUGAUCUCCUUGACGGGGAGAUAUUCCCAUUACGUUCUUCUGUAGCAUGUAUGUUGGGCGUGUGGAACGGGCUGCAUCAGGACAAGAAAACUGGCUGCAUGACCCUCGGGCUGUUGUGGGCUGGAAUGGAGCAUCGAGGCUUUAUAUUCUUUCCUGAAUCUGUUGAGCCAACAUCAAGUGUUGCACAUGUGAUAGUUCCGUAGUAAACUGAGAGCAAAAGGUUUUAGAUCAUUUGGGUUUACUGGGUCUUCUCACUAUGAUAAACCUUUGGAAAUUACUAGAUCUUGUGAAUUACUCUGUAAAGGAAGAUAAAUGUUACCAGCCACACCUUUCUGCCUAUGAUACUUAUGGACAGUGAGGAGGGUAACAAUUCAGUGGUGAUUUUUCUGAGACUUGUUAAUAAUGCUUUAAUUGCUAAAAAGGAAAUUUGACUUGCGAAGUACCCAAGUUCACAACAUUGUGAUGCAUUUUUGUAGGAUAGGUAGGAUAGGUUGGAUAGAUUUAACUGGUUCACGUCCUUUUUUUUUCUCAGGUAGAAGAGAAUUACCAUAAUAUUUAUUGUAACUAGAAAAAUAUUUUCCGAGAAAAGUAUUCCAUUCGUGGAGAAAAAUCAUAUUCAUUCUAACUAGAAGGUUGGAAAUGGUUUUGAGCAUUUUUAACUGUAGGCGUGUCAAAUUCCUUGGGGAAACAACACUUUAAUCCGUUGCAUAUUUAGUUCAAAGAUUAUCUGCUAUUUUUCCAGCAAGCUGUAGGUUAUUCUCAAUUUCUUUCAGAAAUAUCAUCUUUCUCCAUUUGCUGAUAGAUUUGCUGAAGCCCUUGAUAUGCAACCACCUGCAAUGCCGGAGGAUGGCCAUACAACUAGAGUUUCUACUGGAGCAGAAGUAACAUCUACGUCUGGGAAGGAACCAACAGUGCCUGAACCUAUAUGGGAUGACGAUGAUACAAGGGCCUUUUAUGAAUCCUUGCCCGAUCUGAGGUUCAGUUGGCUGUUAUCUUCUGCUGUUCUGAGAAAAAACUUAUAAACGAACCACACUGAUUUUCAAGAAUCUCAUUUGAACUUACUGAGGCUACUUCUUAUAUUUCUACCAGAGCGUUUGUUCCUGCAAUAUUGCUUGGGGAAGCAGAGCCGAAGAUGAAUGACCAGUCGUUAAAGAAUCAUGAGGAUCAAAAUGUAAGAUUUCUGUCUUAAAUGCUAUUAUUACGUAUCCUUUUUUCAUGGUACCUUGGCCCCAUGUUGAUGAAAAUUAUACGUAUUUGUCCUCAUAGGGACAAAACUCUAUUUUUUUCUCGUCUUGCAAACAGAUUUUUAUUUUCCAAAGAUGGAUGAUCCAUCUUCAAAGACAUGAGUAAAUAAUGUAACAUUGAUUAGGCGUAUACUUUGUAUAGCUCUGUUCGUUUCAGUUGAGCCUCUUGUUGGCUGUCUCUCCUCGCAAAUACCUUCGUGAAUUAUGAAUUUUCAUGCUUUUUUUCAAAUGAAUGCUGGACCAGUGGACCACAGGAGGUCUGUCGCUCGAGAAGAUAUUCUAUUUCUUUCCUAUGAUUGACUCAGAGAUAGGAAAAUAAUGCUUCAGAAAGCUUGGUUGUCACAUCGAUGAAAUGAUCGACAGUGAUGAGGACAGUGAUGAUGUCCUCUAAGAUAUUUUUCGAUACAGAAUAAUACAAAAUCCACUUUCAUUUUUUUGUUCAAAUAUCCAUAACUUCCUAGGCACCUUGUCUUUCCACGGGACUUGGUCUCUAUCAGAGGUAUACUUGGUGGGUAUAUUGAUAGGCUGGCAUGUUACUGACGUUAGUGAAGAUUGUAUGUAAAUUCACAAUCUUCUAUACUUCGUAGUCCGUGGGAUUGGGUGAUCGUGAUCAGAUUCCGUAUUGACCAAAUUAGUUGAUUAGAGGGUAAAAUCGUGAUUUAUGAAAAUGUAAACAUGUUGUAAAACGUGAUUUGUUGGAUAUGCUUUUAAACAUUCAGAAGAAAAGAGAUAAUACGACAAUUUUUUGCUGUCAUAUGUUUUUAGUUAGCUCGUUGUCACUGUUAUUGCCUCUCCUUUAUCAUUAGCUAAAUGACUUUCCCUUAUUUUAUUGUUCUUUUAUUCUUUCUUCGUUUCAUGGACAGAAGGCCAUGAACUGUCUACCUCAGUGUACAAUCAGCCGAUCUGAGAUGAGACAAUUAACCCUGAUUCAUUUUUGUGUUGAACUUUCAAGCGAUGUCUUGCUGGUCUAGUUUGGGUUCAUCUGGAACCCGACAGUCUUCAGUUUCAACACCUGAAAAGGGAACAAUCAAAUGGGUUAUACUUAUGUCCUACGCAAUAAUCAGAUGAAUAAUUACUGUCACCAUUUGAGAUCAGGGCAUAUUUUGACCACAAAUCCUAUUUCCUCGGUUGGCGUUUUGGCUACCCUGUGGACGUAGGGAUUUGCUAACAUGUGAUAGUUAUCAAACGCUAAUUAACUAAGUGACUGUUCUUUGAACUGUAUGCUUCCUUCUGAAAGGUUCAUUGAUUUGUGUCCUGAGUCAUACUAUCUCCUCCAUUCCUUUCAUUCGUUCAUAAAUUUUUGCUAUUAAAUUUAUUCGUCCGUUGAUCAACCUUCUCUUCUAGUGUGCUUUCUUUUGUCGUCUUCUCCUCUCUAACUUAUGCCUUUUUCUAAAGGAUUCAAUUGUUGACUCAGAGAACUUGGAUUCUCAUGACAAUGUUCGGGCCUCUGGUGAUUCUGAUUCUUUGAUAGACGGAAAAGUGGAUGAAAAAUUAAAGGACAAAGAUGAAAAGGAUGAGGAAAAGAUGAAAGAUUCAGACAGAGAAAAAAACAAAGAAAAGGAAGCUGACAAGAAAUAUGAAACUGACAAGGACAAGCUUAAGGGAGUUGAUGGGACCAGUCUGGAUGGUCUUUUGCAGAGGCUUCCUGGUUGUGUCAGUCGUGAUCUCAUUGAUCAGUUAACGGUAAUAUGUUCAGCUUGUAUUCAAAAUUUCAUGUGAGUAGCUAAAAUAUUUCUUUAAGCCUGCUCAUGAAAUUGGCUUUUUUCAGGUGGAAUUUUGCUACUUAAAUUCAAAAUCAAACAGAAAGAAACUUACAAGGGCGCUCUUCAAUGUCCCGAGAACUUCCUUAGAAUUGCUUCCUUACUAUUCUCGGAUGGUUGCUACGCUGUCGACCUGUAUGAAGGACGUUCCUGUAAUGCUUCUGUCAAUGCUAGAGGAAGAGUUUAAUUUCUUGAUCAAUAAGAAGGUUGGCUUGCGUUCUUUAGCGAUUUUUAAUUUUCAAAAUCUAGGCAUUAUUUCAUUUAGUGUCUCAUUAGAAUGAUAACUUUUCUCUUGGCACGUUCAGUUCUAUGAUAGAUCUGUUUUUCUUUAACGUUGCUCUUUGUACAGGACCAAACAAACAUUGAAACAAAGAUAAAGAACAUAAGGUUCAUUGGAGAACUUUGCAAAUUCAAAAUGGCUCCGCCUAGUCUUGUUUUUAGUUGUCUGAAGGUAAUGCAACUCAUUUACAAUUUUCGAGUUUUAAAUCUAGGAUAUAAACCAAGUUACAUCAGUGAAUUAAGCUCUGCAAGCUUUUGCUCAUCGUUUCAAAUAGGUUAGAACUAUCAAAGAAUCCAAGUACGUUUUGAUUUUUUCUGGUCGGGUUACCAUGCCUAUUGUCACUCCAUAAAUUUGUCCUGUGCGCUUAGUCAUGGUAAGCUUCCACAUCAGCAGUCUGUCGAAAGUCAUAAUAGAAAAGAUGGCUGUAAUUUAAACGGAUAGAAUACAUGAAAGUGAUAUUGACAUCAAUGCAUGUGGUCCUUUAAAGGCCAUUAUCGGGCAAAGAACCAUUAUAUUUAACGACGUUAAGGAAGUAAUUUGUAUCAUUUCUGUGAUUACUUCUUGUUCACUAACUAGAGAUGGCAUCUAUUUUCAUGCAGGCUUGUUUGGAUGAUUUUACUCAUCACAAUAUAGAUGUUGCCUGCAAUCUGCUUGAAACAUGUGGCCGAUUCCUGUAUCGGUCACCAGAAACAACAGUACGUGUGGCAAACAUGUUGGAGAUCCUGAUGCGUCUGAAAAAUGUCAAAAAUUUGGAUCCCCGUCAUAGUACUCUCGUGGAAAAUGCGUACUACUUGUGCAAACCACCUGAACGGUCUCAUCGGGUUUCAAAAGUACGGCCACCUUUACAUCAGGUCAGACACACGAUCAGUUGAUUUUUACGGUUACUAGCUAGAUUAGUACGCUUAAUCUAAUCUCAUGGCAUGCUCUUCGUGCAGUAUAUCAGAAAAUUACUUUUCACAGAUCUUGAUAAGUCCUCUGCUGAUCGUGUUCUGAGGCAGCUUCGAAAGUUACCGUGGAAUGACUGUGAACCAUAUAUUCUAAAGUGUUUUUUGAAAGUUCACCGGGGAAAGUACAGCCAGGUUCAUCUCAUUGCCCUGCUAACUGUUGGCCUCAGCCGGUAUCAUGAUGAGUUUGCUGUCGCUGUGGUGGACGAGGUUUGUCAGUCUGUUCUAUUUUGUCAAUAUCUUUAGUUAUUCAGAUACGUUCGAAUUAUUAGUCAUUGCCUUUUUCUUAUAUCAUUUUGGAUAUUAUGAAGUACUGAUGCUUGUGGAUCCUAUGUUAUCAAGGACCAGUGAACUAUGUCGUUUUACAUUUCCUUCUACGGUAUACGUUUGCAUCCUACACCGAUUACACUUUCUAUCUUUCUGUGUAUAAUUCCAUGGAUCUUGGUUCAGUCAUAAUUUCUGGUAGAUUCAAGAGGCAUUUGCCAUUUUUUAAAGUUGCCUCAGUCCUGAAUCCUGGCUCCCACUGUUUUCUUAGCCAUAAAAAAAUCUUUCUGAGAGGUGAAAAAAGUUCACUGCUUAGAAAAAUGUAGAAAAACAGUAGCAUGAGUGGGUUAAAUGCGGGCCGUUGAAAAACUCACCUCAUCACUCAUAGUACAAGCCCCAUUGAUUGGUGAAAUCCGUUUGAUAUAGUAGAUAUUAGAUCAGAGGUGCCUUUAAUAAUGACUCAUGAGGGAAACAAUAUGGUUUGGUAGAUGGGACACUGAUGCGAUAAAAUUCUCCAUUUACUGCCUCUCUAUUCCUUCCUUUUAUCUUCCUUCUCCAUGUAGCCUGAUGUUUGAUUCCAGACUUGCUACUGCGACAGCUCUUUGACAUCGUGAGUUGCCCAUGGCGAAUUUCAGGUCCUAGAGGAGAUCAGGUUGGGAUUAGAGUUGAACGAGUAUGGAAUGCAGCAAAAGCGCAUUGCACACAUGCGGUUCUUGGGGGAGCUGUACAACUACGAGCAUGUUGAUUCCUCUGUAAUCUUCGAGACACUCUAUUUGAUUCUCACUUUCGGCCAUGGCACACCGGAGGUAAGAGCUUGCUUCUUUCGUGGAUCUUAUAUCAUAGACUCCUCACCUCUUUCUAGGCGGGGCGGGGUGGAGUGGGGUGGGGUGGGGUGCAGACACCACAAAGAAAUUGUUUACAUAGGAGCACAAUGGGGCCUAUUAAAGGGAAAGCGAGCCAGUUUAUCUUAGUGUUCACAAAAUUCCACGACAUCUGCUUCAAUCUAUCACCCAUAAUAUAUCACAAACCCAUGAAGACUCUCUACUUUAAUCCGUGAUUGGAUCCAUCCGUGUUUGACCUUUGGACAAGUGCUACUUAGGUCACGCUUAUUUCAGCUGCCUGCCUCUAACCGUGAUUUAUUCAUGGUAGAACUUUGUAGUAUGUUUCACAUUUGCCUUGAUUCAUCGUCUAUAUCAUCAUCACGAUCAGUGUUCAAAGCAUACACCAUUUCCUCGGUUGUCUUGUGUGUCAUGGCGCUUCAAUCCCCACAUUUAUUCGACUCUUGUAUUGUUCUUUGAUUUUCCAUUCAUCGAAGCAAGAUGCAUUGGACCCCCCGGAAGACUGCUUCAGGAUCAGGAUGAUCAUAACCCUUCUUCAGACAUGCGGCCACUACUUCGACAGAGGCUCUUCAAAGAGGAAGCUCGACAGAUUCUUGAUAUACUUUCAAAGAUAUGUUCUUAGCAAGGGUUCGAUUCCACUUGACAUCGAGUUUGACAUUCAGGUGAUCAUCAUCCCAGUCAACGCAUCCUUCAAUCCCCAUUCUGGCUGCCGCUGCCAAUAACUUCAGAGCUCACGGUCUGCCUCAUUUCAGGACCUGUUUGCCGACUUACGCCCGAAGAUGACUAGACAUGCCUCGGUGGAGGAGGUCAAUUCGGCGCUCGUCGAGCUGGAGGAGCACGACCGCACAGCCACCAAUGAGAAGUCCGGCGGUGAGCGGCACUCCGACGGCGAGUCCCAGAAGCCCUCGAGAGGCACCGCCGCCGCUGCUGCUGCCGCCACGGCCAUGGCCAAUGGAAAGAGCGCGGCCAAUGGGAUCGGCGAAAAUGGCAGGGCACAGGAGGAAGACAGCGAGAGCUACUCAGACGGCGGCAGUGCCGAUCAGGAUGCGCAGGAAGAUGAGGAAGAUCUCUACGAGGAUAAAACAGAUGAUGGGUCGGUCAGCGAUGCUGACGAUGAAGGUGAGGCCGGGGCAGUCGGGUCCGACGAAGAUGAUGAUGUCCAGAUCAGGCAGAAGGCGGCGGAGAUCGAUCCAAGGGAGGCGGCGGAGUUUGACCGAGAGCUGAGGGCGCUGAUGCAGGAGAGCUUGGAGUCCCGCAAAUCGGACCUGCGAGCCAGGCCAACUCUGAACAUGAUGAUACCCAUGAACGUGUUUGACGGUUCCAGAGACCCGAGAGCCGCAGAUGGGGAGAGCGGCGAGGAGACAGUGGAUGAAGAUGGAGGAAACCUUGGCGGCAACAAGGUGCGGGUGAAGGUCCUGGUGAAGAGGGGGAACAAGCAGCAGACCAGGCAGAUGUUCAUUCCCGGGGACUGCUCUCUUGUGCAGAGCACCAGGCAGAAGGAGGCUGAGGAGCUGGAAGAGAAGCAGAGCAUCAAGCGGCGGAUUCUGGAGUACAAUGAGAGGGAGGAAGAGGAAUCGAACGGCGUCCUGGGCCAGUUGGGCGGCUGGACGCCAGCUGGAAGUGGCGGCAGCCGUUCCGCUGGCUCGGCCAAGCAGGCUGCACGUCAUCGGCACCAGCUUCAGGGUGGGGUCUCCUAUGGCUACUCCAGGAAGAGAUGA